CAUCACUAAACAUAAAAAACUAUACACAAUAAAACAUAAAAUAUCAAUUUUCUUUGGAAUUAUUAUAGCUUAAAGUCAAUAUUAUUUGAUAUUAUUGCAAAAUUUAUUCAAGGAAUUUAAGCAAUUUGCAGUCAACGUUAUUAGUUGAAAGUUUCGUUUGCAAUUGAUUGUUAUUCUGGGGUAAGGCGUGCUGUAGCAUUCCCAAGAGUUGACCUACAAUUAACAAAAAAAUAAUUGUGGGAAAAUUUGCAUUGGGAGGAAAUCGCCAUGAAUUUGAAUUUGGUGGAAAUGAAUCCUUAUGGCAAUGGUCUUUUGUAUGCCGGUUUUAAUCAAGAUCAAGGAUGUUUUGCCUGCGCUACAGACACAGGUUUUCGUGUCUAUAAUUGCGAUCCUCUCAAAGAAAAAGAGCGACAACUUUUUCCUGAAGGCGGUCUAAGUCACGUUGAGAUGCUAUUUCGAUGCAAUUACUUAGCAUUGGUGGGCGGGGGUAUACGUCCUUUGUAUCCUCCUAACAAAGUGAUUGUAUGGGAUGAUUUGAAAAAGGCUCCAGCAAUAUCUUUGGAUUUUAAUCAACCUGUUACAGCAGUGCGUUUAAGGCGAGAUCGUAUAGUUGUAGUUUUGGAAGGUGUUAUAAAGGUCUACACAUUUACACAGCAACCUCAACAACUGCAUGUUUUCGAGACUAGCAACAAUCCCAAAGGCUUAUGCGUUUUAUGCCCUCACAGUAAUAAAAGUCUAUUAGCAUUCCCAGGUCGUCGUUCCGGCCAUGUGCAGAUUGUUGAUUUGGCCAACACAGAACGCGCUGCGCUAGAAGUAAUUGCCCAUGAGGCAGCCAUAAGUUGCAUUGCUUUGAACCUGCAGGGAACUCGUUUAGCUACUGCCAGCGAAAAAGGUACUUUAAUACGAAUCUUCGAUACAGAAAAUGGCAAAAAAGUCGGCGAGUUAAGGCGCGGCAGUAACCAAGCGAAUAUAUAUUGUAUAAAUUUUAAUCACCAAUCGACGAUGUUAGUUGUUUCUUCUGAUCACGGCACGAUACACGUUUUUAAUUUAGAAGACAACAAACCAAAAGAGUCUAGCUUACCAAUAAUACCCAAAUAUUUUUCGAGCCAAUGGAGUUUUGUUAAAUUUUCCAUACCGCAAGGCCCAGCCUGUAUUUGUGCUUUCGGAUCUGACCCGAAUUCAGUAAUUGCAAUAUGUGCCGAUGGUCAUUAUUACAAAUUCCUUUUUAAUAGUAAAGGUGAAUGCAGCCGCGACGUGUGUACCCAAUUUCUUGAAUUGAUAGACGAUCAAAAUUAAAAAGAAGCAAUUAUCUACAGACAAAAAUGCAUAUAUAGUUAUAAAUUUCUCUCGUCGCUGACAAGGGGAUGGGGUUAUAAAAUACAUAUUCUUUUAUCGCUUAAUUUUUAAUGUGUCCUUAGUUCCCAAAAAGUUCCCACAUAUUGCCACAAAUAAUUAUUUCCUCAAUUGAUAAUUUAAAAA